AUGGCUGUAAGUUAUUAUUUUACAUAAAGAGAUAGAUUAAUUAGUGUAUUUAAUAAAAAAUGUAUUAAUAUCUCUCCCUAUUUUUAUUAAAAGCCUAUGUAAAACCUUAAUUGUAAGAAAGAAAUAAAAUUGGAUGACUUUAAUAUCAUAAAAUGUAUUGGAUUAGGCGGUUUUAGUAGAGUAUAUUUGGUUUAAAAAAAGGAUACUGCGAAAAUGUUUGCUUUGAAGCUUAUCGAUAAAAAAUUUAUUAUAGAAAAUAAUAAAUAAGUAAUAGUCUAAAAUGAAAGAAACAUAAUGGUUGACAUUGAUCAUCCAUUUUUGCUUCAACUUGAAUAUGCUUUUGAAACUAAAAGCUAUUUAGGAUUUAUUAUGGAAUUUUGUGCUGGGGGUGAACUUUUUUAUCACUUAAGAAGAAUUAAAAGAAUGGAUGAAGACAUGGCCAGAUUUUAUUUUGUUCAAAUAUGCUUAGGAAUAGAUUAUUUACAUAAAAAGUAUUUCUAUUUUUUUUUAUAUAUUUUAUAAAAAAAAUUAUUUAAUAGACAUAUCAUCUAUAGAGAUCUUAAACCUGAAAAUAUUUUAGUAGAUAUUGAUGGGAACAUAAGGAUAGGUGAUUUCGGACUUUCAAAACCUGAUAUGGAUUAAAAUGGGUAUGCUUAUAGUUUUUGUGGUUCACCAGAAUAUAUGGCACCGGAAAUGCUUUUAAAAGUAGGCCAUACUUAUUCUGUUGAUUUUUAUUGUUUAGGUGCACUUCUAUACGAGUUAGUUACUGGUUUACCCCCAUUUUAUAGUCAUAAUAAUGAAGAAAUAUAUUAAAGUAUCUUGAAUGAGGAUUUAUACUUUCCUGAAGAAAUUUAUUUAUCUGAUGAAUUAUAGGAUUUAUUGACGCAUUUAUUAAUGAAAAAUCCAUAAAACCGUUUAGGAACAUAUGAGGGUAUGAACGAAAUAUUCAACCAUAAAUGGUUAAGUGGCAUAAAUAUUGAAGAAAUAAUAAACUCAAUUAAAUAAGUUAAUGUAGUUUGA